AGUUAUUAGAGAGAGACAGAUGUCUUUAGUUUCUUACCUAAGAACUGUCAGUGCUGUUGUGCAUAACAAAGUGCAAUACAGUUGUUUGUCAAAUAUUAUGAGGCAUUUGAGUGCUUGCAAUAGGGAUUUGAAAUCCUUGAAAUUAAAUGUGAGGUGGGCACGGAGAUUCUUCUCUCUGACUGGCUGAAAGGUAAGAAGACUCCCUAGAAAACAACUAAGAGUGAAUUGUAAGUCUUAAGUAGGUUUGUACCACUGUUGUCCCCAGGUUUGGCUGGAGAGCCACACCCUACCUUGAAAGAGACAGACAGGAGAAACUAAUGGGAAGAACAGAGAUGAGACCUCUACUAAAAAUGUUACUAAAAUAGCCUAAGAGAGGGGAUGAAAAGAAAACAAGGUUGUUCUCUUUGUUAAAUGGUAUUUAGUCCUGUGGAACUUGAUGACACAUUGGAAGAACAAGGUUCAGGAUACCCCAAAUGGAUGUUCCAGAUGGCUCCACCUUCAAGUGGGCAACUUCCAGAUUAGCUGGGGACUCUCCACAGCAGCUGGGACUCUUGUCAACUGCCCCAAGAAGCUUUUGUUGUUGUUGUUGUUGUUCUGCUUUGCCCUUAUGUGUUAAAUGAAUGUUUUUGCCUUGGUAUUUUCUUUAAUGCUGCCUGGUGAGUGACUAGGUACAGAAAAUGGUGUUCUGUUCUGUUAUGUAUGGCCAGUCUUAAACCCCAGGGUUUCUAGCACCCCACAGUUGCAUACCUAAACAAUACAAUACCGCUUUCCAGAAGCUGGUCAGGUCAGGCUGGGUGUAGCAUAUAUAUCUUAGGAGGAAGUGCUUGGUGGGGGUCUUAUUAGCCAGAAAAGUACUGUGUCUUACCACAGCAAGGGAGAGACUUUUCCUCAUGACCUUCUGAAUGCCGAGGGAGUUACAGUGAUUUUUCCUUAGCUCUGCUUUUAGUUACUGCAGCAGAAACUGCAUUAAAAUAUUUCUGUUCUCUUGCCUUUAUUUUAUGUCAUUUUUACAGCUCACUUUUUAUGAACAGGAAAAUACCUUUUUUUUAAAAAAAGAAGUAAAAAGUGAUGAAGCACAAAUAUCUGUCUGACAUGCUUUGUGGUCUGUUUCCUGCUGCUGUGACCCAUGAUAAAUUAGUUCUGAUGUCUUGCUCUGUUGACUGAAAGUAACUCAUGGUGUGACAAUGAUGAUAAAACUUCCAGACGUUUGGUGUAUGUUUAGGCCUGUAAUACCUUAUUUUACUCAAGCUUUAUUCCUUAUCUUGCAUAAGUAUUGCAAGUGUAAAAAUCUUUCAUGGCUCAAAGAAUGUACGGUUUAUCUUUCAUGUGUCCUCACUGCAUGUCAUGUGCUGACAAAAUGAAGUGCUAAAGGUGCAUCCUUACUGUGCAAAUCCAAAGAAAACCUGUUGUACAAAUCAGCCUUUUUUACUAGAACACAUUUAUAAUCAUCCAGAUGUAGCUGCAGAGAUUGUUUUGGCACCUUUAUCUUUUUUUCUUUGAUAUGGUCUUACAAGCUCUGGCAUGAAGAUAGCUAUAAAGCAGCUGGAGAAUGGAAAAUAUCUGUUAAAAAUCAAAUAUGACAUGUUCAUCCUGAAUAGGAAUGUGCUUCUCAGUUAUACAACUAUCAUUCUGUAUUUAACUGCAUUUACAAGACUUGUCUUGUUACCUUCUUGGGAGUUCACACUCCCAAGGUUAUUCGACACUCCCUCGGGCUAUAAAUUAUGGGCACAUGCCUACUGAAGUGUGAUUUAUUAUUUUUAUAAAAAAGCCCAACCCUUACAUCCCAUAUUUUGCUGGAAAGAGGCUUCUUUGUGCACUAAGCCUUUAAAUUGUGAGCAACCAUUUACUUACUGAUUUAACUUUUCUGGAUCGUGUUGCUCAGGGAUCUCGGUGAACUCCUCACACCAUGAAGAGUUUUACUCUUCUUUUCCUAGUUGUUAUCUGUGGCGUGGGAGGUUUGGGUCAGAAGCUGAAGCCAAAGAAGAGAAGCAGUGGUGAAGAAAUCAAAUUUCGGACUAAAACCAAAGACGUUUGCGCAAUGAGCAUUAGUGGGGACGAUGAGGAAAUGAAACUUAGAAUUGAAUGCAAUGGCCAAGACAUGUCCUACUGGUGUGAAUUCACUGGCAAACCAUCAGUCUGUCGUGCUUUCAGAAAUAAUCCAAAGAUUUACUGGAAUCAGAUCGCUGCGGAACUUAGAAAGAUCCCUCAUGCGUGUGAAUCCACAGAAGUAUUGAAGACCUCCAUGUGCCAAAAGGCUCCUCCAGAGGCUCUCAUGAAGCAAAUAGCUACUGGUGUGGAGCCAGAAGAGCUGGCAAACCAGGAAGAAUCAGUGCAGAAAAUGUCCAGUUCUAUGAGAGGAGCAGGGCAAGGGUCUGAAAAUGAAACAGAAGCAAUGAAACUGGCACGGGAACAUUGCUGGGAAUCCCUGCAUGGUUUCUGCUCCUACAUUAUUGGCAUCUUUAGGGGUUAAGGACUUACUUCAGGUAAAAUUCACAUCUGGAAGCACAGUAGACUAUACCCUACAGUAAUUCUAUUGUAGUUUUGUUUUAAAUUUACUUUGGGGGUCUCUCAGGGAUGUGGACAGGGAGAUUCUAGUCUCACUUGCUAAAAUCUGACAUUGCAAAUCCUGUUUUGUGGCUUCUGAGAGGCUGGGCUAAACUUCCAGUGAUGCCUAUUAGUUCAGGAUUCCCUUACAACCUCCCAUGAGGUCUUUAGUAUGUACUCAGAUGUUUGCCCUAUCUGUUGUUAAUCCUACAGUAUUUCCAUUCUAACUGCUUGAAUUGGGCUAAUUUUUAUCUUUCUGUCAUUCCUUCCCUCUUUGCUGCCUUCUGGAUUUACGCCAGGGAAGUAAGAUAACUAACAAAUGCAUCAGAUCCAAUAACAAAUGCACCUGCUAGAACAAAUUAAAACUACAUUCAGAAACUGAGAGGAUAAAGUUUACUCAUCAAUACUGCUAGUUAAUAAUCAACUAUUUUAAUUUCAACAAUUAGUUCAGAAACAACUUGCAGAAACGAGUAAAACCAAAUGGACUGUGUUGGUUUGUGGAUCUUUUACUGUAGGGUUGAGAUCACAUGCAGGUGCUUGCCUGGUAAGUCUCAGGUUUUCAGCCAGGAUUUCAAAAGGCAAAGUCCUUCAUUGCAGAACUGAUUAGUUUUAUACCCACUUCCAUUUCGGCUCAGAGAGAAAGCCAGGAGCUGGUGGGUGAACCUGGCAAAGACUUGACAGAAAUGGGAGUAUAUGCAGCAUGAGCUGGCAAGUGUUUAGGUUGCUAAUGAUAAUUUAUGCCUAAUGCAGCAAAAUGACUAAUUUUUUUUCUCUUUUUUUUUUGCAGAGCAAAAUUAUUACAGCUGAAGAAAAGUGCUUGCUGUAGUUUAAAAAUUUAGACAUAAGAAUUUUGGUUUAAAAACGAAUUAUCUCUAUAAAUC